GCAGCGUGUAAAGAUAGCGAAAAAGUAGACCAUGCACAUUUAAUUUAAUAUGUGUAACAUUUGAAUGCUAUGCCAAGUAACAUUUUAAAAUAGCAGCACACAAAAUCCGUCUUCGUAUCAAUUUGUAAAACAAAUGAAUAAAAUAAAAGAGGAGAUUGUGAGUUUCUUUUACGACUACGUUUAUACAUUAAGCAAGCCCAUGUGGAGUUGCGAGCCCUAGUUUGGGAACUGCUGUAGUAGGAGGAGGUGGAGGAGCAGUAGGAGUAGGAAUAGUAGGAGUAAUGGACUGGUAGUAGUAGUAAAGGGAUUCUUAGUAGGAGGAAUAGUAGGAGUAGAGUUAGUAGUAGCAGGAGGAGCACUAGCACUUAAUUUUUUUUUUCCAUAUAGCUGCUGGGGUGAUUGAUCCCUCAAGUGGUGUCAUGUUGCAUAUUUUGGUUUUAACCCAACCUAAAUAUGUACGAUCAUUUAAACAAGCCAAUAUGGUGUUGAUCUGAGGUGUGAAAUAACCUUAGAGCAUUUUUAAAUGUUUCAACACUCUUAUGCUUCUUUGCCUCAGUCUAGACCGUGAGCUGUCCUCACUUCAUUGGGAGGCUGGGAGAGAGACGAAAGGAGAAAGCGAUGAGGAUAAAGAGGAGGUUGCAGGCAAUGCUUUCGUCCGAACGUUUAGCUUCCUCUACAAGAUGACCUCCAGUCGGAAGAAUAAGGAAAAAGAGCGGAUGCGGGAGAGAGAACGAGAGGCGCGAGAGAGGGAGGCGCGCUACACAAACGGCCACCUCUUUACCUCCCUCACCGUGAGCGGCACCACUCUCUGCUCCGCCUGCAACAAGAGCAUAACCGCCAAGGAGGCCCUCAGCUGCCCUACCUGCAACGUCACCAUCCACAACCGCUGCAGAGACUCCCUGCCCAACUGUGCCAAAAUGAAACAACGGCAACAGAAGCUGGCACUGAUGCGCAACAGCUCGUCCUACAGUGGAACAGUGACACUGCGGAAUAAGACACAUUUGAAAGAGCGUCCAAGCUCAGCCAUCUACCCCUCCGACAGUCUGCGCCAGUCACUGCUGGGUUCCCGCCGUGGACGCUCUUCCCUCCUGCUGUCCAAAAGCGUAUCUACUAAUAACAUUGCCGGGACACUGAGUGAUGACUCUCCCUUGGGGCUGCGCAGGAUCUUGUCUCAAUCCACAGACUCGCUAAACUUCAGGAGCAGAACCAUGUCUAUGGAAUCACUCAACGAUGAAGGGGAGGUAUACUAUGCCUCAGUGCUGGAGGAGCUAGAGAUCGAGGGGCGGGACUUUGAGGCGGACUCUUGGAGCAUGGUGGUUGACUCCGCCUACCUACAGACUCACCGCAAAGAUAUCAUCAAGAGGCAGGAUGUCAUCUAUGAACUGAUCCAGACAGAGCUGCAUCACGUGCGCACGCUGCGCAUCAUGGAUGGAGUUUUCCGGCGGGGCAUGCUGGACGAGGUGCAGCUGGAGCCAGGCGUCGUUCACGCGCUUUUCCCCUGUCUGGAGAAGCUUCUUGUGUUACAUACUCGCUUCCUCACACAGCUGCUCAACCGCCGGCUGCACUGCCUGCAGCCUGACAGCACACACAACUUCACCAUCAGCCGCAUCAGCGACCUCCUUAUGCAGCAGUUUUCAGGUCAGUGUGCUGAUGAGAUGAAGAAGACUUAUGCUGAAUUCUGCAGCGGUCACUUGAAAGCUGUAAAACUGUAUAAAGAGCUACUGGCUAGAGACAAGAGACUGCAGUACUUCAUCCGGAGGGUGAGUCGAGGUCCUCUGUUGCGUCGUCACGGUUUCCAGGAGUGCAUUUUGCUGGUCACCCAACGCAUCACUAAGUAUCCUGUACUGGUGCAGCGCAUCCUCGACAAUACCAAGGACAAUCCAGAGGAGGAGGCAGGGCUGAAACAGGCUCUCACACUACUGCGAGAUCUGUUGAACGGUGUGGAACAGCAGGUGCUGGAACUAGAGCGAACGCAGCGGCUGCAGGAGAUCCGCUCCAGACUGGACCCUCGCUCUCAGGCCAAGAUGCGCUCAGACGCCAUGUUCAGACCUGCUGAGCUCCUGCGCAGACAGCUCAUCCAUGAAGGCACACUGCUGUGGAAAACACCCAGCUCCAGACUUAAGGAUGUUCAAGUUCUCCUCAUGACUGAUGUACUAGUGUUCCUGCAGGAGAAAGAUCAGAGAUACAUCUUUGCCAGUUUGGAUAAGUCGGCAGUAGUUUCACUACAGAACCUGUUGGUCAGGGACAUAGCCAAUCAGGAGCGAGGGUUGUUCCUCAUCAGUAGUGAGUUCAGCCCACCUGAGAUGUACGAGCUGCAUGCAGCUUCUAAAGAUGACCGAAACACCUGGAUACGGCACAUACAGCAAGCUGUCAGCAGAUGUCCCUCAAGAGAAGAAUUCCCACUAAUUGAGACAGAGGACAAGGCCCUGUUGCGAAGACUCAAAGCUGAUAUCCAGCAGAAAGACAGGGAAGUCUUGGAGCUGCUGCAAGAGCGAGUGACACUGUUCUCCGAUCUGGCUGAGGUCAUGUGUGGACAAGAGCUUGUGCUGCCACCCAACUCCAGGAACCUGUUCAGAGCUGACACACCUCAGGCACCUCGAGGAGAACAGUUACUCACACAAGCCAUUACUGAGGUGGACAGACUGACUGAGCUGUUGUUAGGCUCUGGUUCUGGCAUCCCCUUGGCCUGCACUAUCAAUGGUCACCACAAUUGCACAGGGGCGCUGUUGAUAAAUGGACAGGAGGUGUUAGUCAAUGGUUCACAGGAGACAGCAGCUUCUCAGGAUGGAAAUGGGAAUCAGCUGGAGGACAAGACACCAAGUGAGGAAGUCUCUCAGCGACUGGUGAAUCUCAGCGCUCAGCUCCAUGCACUGCAGGGUGCAGUGAUUCGGCAGGACUCCAUCGUAGAGUUUUGCGCACGCGAGGGUGGUACAUCUCGAAGCCGCCCGGGGCGGUCUCUCUCACGUGAAGGAACCGGCGAAGUGGGGACAGCGGGCGAGCUGGCACUGCUUCAGCGCCAACACAGCCUCCUGCAGGAGGAGCUCGUACGCCUCAGAGGAGCUGAAGGAAGGCUCAAAGACAGCGAGAAGGCACGGGCCCAGCUCGAAAAACAACUACGAGGACUGAAGUCCAACAGCGCUGCCCUUGGGGAAAGCACAGGGCAUGCCCAGGCUCUACUACAUCGCAAAGGGAGUGAAACUGACCCAAACACCGACACGCCACUGGCCAGUCAGGCGUCUAUGGAGCAGACAGACGGUCAGCAGGACGGCAGUGACAUAGACGUAGAUGUGAUCUCAGACGAUGACGAUGAUGAAGACUUGAAGGUGUCCCCCCGUUCCGAGAGUCCUAGAGAUUUGCAAGACAUUCCUGAGGAGAGUGAGUCAUCUGCAGAAGCUCGAGAACAUGCUUCACACUGCUAAUGCUCAUCUGCUGCCCAGAACAUAGAACUUGACCCUAGAGUAGCUAAAUGGGACAGAUGCUACUCUGCUGAAGCACAAGACUCUAUGAGCAAGUCUUCCUCUGAACUUCAAGGGAAGAACAUACAGCUGUCAAUAUUAUUUUAACCAUUUACUGACCUUGUUUCACAACUUUUUGUGGCAUAUUAUUUGACAUGUCUUCUUCUUUUUAUUUUUAAUCCAGUCAUUUUGAUAUCAGUGGACCAAUAAGCGAAUGCCAAAGCAGCUUGAUUGUCUGCAAAUAGCAGGACUUGAUAUUGCAUGAAAAUUUAGAUAUUAUAUGAACACCUUCAUCAACCAAACUUCAGGAUGUACUUGCUAAAGACACAAAGAUACUGUAACGUGAGACAAAACAUACAUACAAACCAGUUAUGCUUCAAUAGUGAAAUAGUCGUGUGUGUUGCAAACGUUUACUUUUUCGCUCUUUAUUUGUAAUUUAUUUAUUCUUCUUUUGCUGACAGAAAUAUUUCUUUGAUAAACAUUUCAAGCACAUGCUAAAAGAAGCCAUAACCUGGACGAAAAAAACUUCUGUGGAAGUAAAAAAAAAAAGUAAAACAAUGUUUUUACUACACUGAGUUAUUACAGGUUUACGUAAGCAUGAGUACUUUAGUAAGAUUUAUAUAUUUUUGCUGUUAUUUUGUUUUAGUUCACAGGAGAUGAUUCACUGAACCCAGAUAGAGGUGUUUCAUUUAUUUAUUUAUAUAUAUAUAUAUAUAUAUAUAUAUAUAUAUAUAUAUAUAUAUAUAUAUAUAUAUAAAAUAGAAUAUAGAACAUUGCUAAUUAUUUCAAUAUUGGCUGCUUCUUUGCGUUUUUUUCUUUGUACAUCUAUGUUUUAGUUUUGAAUUGUACAAUUUAAGAGUGCCAUAAUCGCUUGUCUGUACAGGUGAAGUGUCUUAAGCUCUGAUUUCAGGAAACAAAAUACAGAAAUUAUUGUAUGCUUUAAAAUGUUUCGGUUUACUUAUGAAUGAAAGAAUUUGUAUGGAAAAAUUGAGAAAUAUUGAAAUGUUUUAAUAUUGUUCAAAGUGACUACUAUUAUAACUCAAGAUUAUUGUUAUGGAUUUCAGAAUUAAAGUCUAUGAACUCAAAUAGUGAUGCACAAUACACCAAUACAAUGUUUCUGAAUAAGUUACUUAUCAUUUACUUGCUCUUAUUGGAUCUUUUGUUAGAGAACUGCUCACAGUUAAAGGUCAAACUACUAAUGGAAUGCUGAACAUUCAUGGAAAUAGAGCAAGGUUGAAUAAUACUGCCAGAUUACAGUUAGGUUGGAUCCCUACUUCACAUGCCCACAUGCUUUAUUAUUCACAUACUGGUAACAGCCAGCCCUGGUGGAUGCUGGGUAAAGAAGUGAAAACCAUCUGUUGAAAUCUAGAACUGUCAUUUUAAUCCACAGCAUAAUGUCAGGGAAGACAAAUAUUAAUAUAUCAUGGCAUGGCGAAGAUUGUGUUCACUCACACACACACACACACACUUUCUGUAUUACUUCAAACAUAAUGAUAAAAUCUUCUCUGUAUCAGUUGCUGUCCUUCUCAUUCAAAGCCACAGACACUCGUACACACACACGGACACACACACAUACACUCGCACACUACCUCAUCCAUCAUCCAGACCAGAUCAGUGCUUUUGAGGUUGGAGUGAAUGGGCAUGAAAGAGAGACAGAGAGAGAGAAUUGUGAAUAUAAGGGGAAGAGCAAAUAUAACACAUCUAUGUUUAAUUCUAAACAUACUUAAUCUUUAGUGUAUUGAGUACUACUCAUGCCUAGAUACUGUACAUAUGAGGUUUAAGGGUAAUAGUUUAUUACAAAUGUUUAAAAUAUAAAAAGAAUUUUAACAUACAUCGAAGAUACUAUCUCAGUGAUCUUUUGGAGGCAUGCAGUUCUAUUGUAAUGUGAGAAAAAAAAAUAUUGUUUCAGAAUAAAACACAAAAAUAAACAGG